AUGGGCUCGACAGUUGAUUGGUCUCAGCGUCCCACUUACUCCCCGGAGCAAUUGGACAAAUACUUCGAUAGAAUAAAACUUCCUGCGAAGUAUCGGCAAUCUCCAGUCGUUCAGACUGGUGCAAUUAGUGACAAUGAGACCGCUUUAACCUUCUUGAAGGUACUAGAGCGAUAUCAGGUGGCAGCAGUGCCAUUUGAAAACCUCGAUUUGCAUUACUCGGUGCAACGCCACAUUUCCAUAGAUACGCAAAAGGUUUUCGAGAAGAUCGUGGGGGACAAGUCCGAGCGGGGAGGGUACUGCAUGGAGAACAGUACGCUUUUCGGAACUGUCUUGCGAAGCUUGGGCUACCAGGUUACCUCGGUCGGGGGAAGGGUUAAUGAAGCUGCACAGCCAAUGUCGGCCUCGAAGAACUGGAAGGGCCCUAAAUACGAUGGAUGGAACCACAUGGUCAACCUCGUUACUAUCGGCGAACAAAAGUACCUGAUAGACGUGGGAUUUGGAUCAAAUGGACCACACCAGCCUGUACCAUUAACUCGGGAUUUCGAGUUCCACAACGUGGGUGACCAGUCCGGAUGCCUGCGCUAUGGACCAAUCACCCAACAUACCAACAAGACCCAAGCUCUUUGGCAAUACGAGUUUCGGAAUGGGGGCGGAGACUGGAUCCCCGCUUAUUGCUUCACAGAGACCGAGUUCAUUCCCGACGAUUUCACCAUGGUGAAUUACUAUAUGAGCACCAGCCGAGACAGCUGGUUUACUUAUCAUGUUGUGUGUGUUCGGAUGCUCCUGGAUGAGGCGGGUGACAAUUUUGUGGGUGACCUAACGCUGUUUAAUAAUUCGUUAAAAAAGCGGAUGGGUGCCACAUCGGAGGUGAUACAGAUAUUCAGCUCCGAUGAGGAGCGCGUGUCUGCAUUGGGCAAAAUGUUUAAUAUCCAUAUUGGUCCAGCCGAUAGAGAUAGUAUCCGCCGCACUUUUUCGGAGAUUCUCUAA